AUGGAAACUCCCAAUGAUCUUACCCCAUCGCGGGAGCGAGUUGUGCCAGGCUCCUGCAACAUUGAACUCGGCCAAUUCCCCAAGACUAUGUCUGAAUCCGAGUCGAGUCCUCCCCUAGACCCCAAUGCCAUUGCGGACAAAAUAGUCGACCAGCUAAACCUGGGUCUCGCAGCCAAAGACAAGGCAACGAUUGCGUCGCUGUUUCUCGACAACUGCUAUUGGCGUGACCAUCUGUGCUAUUCGUGGGAUUUCCGCACUAUCGAGGGUAGUGAAGCUAUCGCCGCCUUUGUCACUGAGGCACCACCCAGUAAAAUUGAAAUCGAUCGAUCGUCUGACCUCAAAUCCCCACACAAGGCUCCUAUCGAUUCAUUUGGGGAAGUCUUUGGAAUCGAAUUUUUCUUCAAGGUCACCACCGAGAGUGGAAAGGGAAAUGGUAUUAUGCGCCUGGCGGAGCAAGAUGGCAAGUGGUACAUUUUCACCGUUUUCACUUCCAUGAUCGAGUUGAAGGGCCACGAGGAGAACAAAGAGAGGCCGUUUGGAGUCCGACAUGGCGAGCAGCAAGGUCGAAAGAACUGGAAAGAUCGACGCACCGAUGAGAUCAACUUUGAAGGAAAGGACCCGGUAGUACUGAUAGUUGGUGCUGGCCAGGGUGGCUUGACUGCCGCAGCGCGUCUCAAGAUGCUCGAGGUUGAUACCCUCGUCAUUGACCGAGAAGAGAGAAUCGGAGACAACUGGCGCCAGAGAUACCACCAGCUCGUUCUCCACGACCCGGUCUGGUACGACCACAUGCCAUACCUACCCUUCCCGGCUGACUGGCCUAUCUAUACACCAAAAGAUAAGCUGGCGGAUUUCUUCGAAACCUACGUGAAGUUCCGAGAGCUCAAUGUUUGGACUCAAUCUGAGAUCAAGUCUUCAUCCUGGGAUGAGAAUAAGAAGCAAUGGACGGUUGUUAUCGAGCGCAAGACAGACAACGGGACCGAGACACGCACCUUGCACCCACGCCACGUAAUCCAAGCUACCGGUCACUCCGGCAAGAAAAACCUGCCCAUCUUCGACGGAAUGGAUGAUUUCAAGGGAGAUCGUUUGUGUCACAGCUCGGAACAUCCUGGCGCGAAUUCCGAGUCAAAGGGAAAAAAGGCCAUUGUCGUUGGAUCUUGUAACUCGGCAAAUGAUAUCGCCCAGGACUUUGUCGAGAAAGGAUACGACGUGACUAUGGUACAGCGAAGCUCUACCUGUGUGGUGUCAUCUGAGUCUACCUUGAAAAUUGCCUUCAAAGGGCUCUAUGAUGCGACCGGCCCGCCAACCGAAGACGCUGAUCUUUAUCUGUGGAGCAUUCCAUCGCGCAUAUUCAAAGCGCAACAGGUCAAAGUUACCAAACUCAUAAACCAGAACGACGCAGAGACCAUCCAAGGACUAGAAAAGGCAGGCUUCAAGGUCGACAAUGGACCUUUGGACAGCGGUCUCUUGAUGAAGUACUACCAGCGUGGAGGCGGGUACUAUAUCGACGUCGGUGGAAGCCAGCUCAUCAUCGAUGGGAAGGUCAAGGUGAAGCAUGGCCAGGAAAUCAGUCGAGUUCUUCCCCAUGGACUCCGAUUUGCGGAUGGUUCAGAGCUUGAAGCCGAUGAGAUCGUCUUCGCUACUGGGUAUCAGAAUAUGAGAACCGAGACUCGUGUGAUUUUCGGUGACAAGGUUGCUGAUAGCGUUGGCGAUGUCUGGGGACUCGAUAAGGAGGGUGAGAUGCGGACUAUCUGGCGGCGGAGUGGUCACCCCGGAUUCUGGUUCAUGGGCGGGAACCUGGCUCUUAGCAGAUACUACUCGCGUUUGCUGGCCUUGCAGAUCAAAGCACUGGAAGAGGGAUUGACUACUUGGUAG